UUUCAUCACCCUUUUCAACAGUGAAAGAGAGCGGUUUCUACUUCCCGUCUCGGACUUCAGCCCACCACCCUUGCACACGACAAAUUCAUUGCACGCUAGCGUGGGAUGGUUAUCCGGCGCAGCAACGAAGCCGAAGCAUCGCAUCAUCCGCUCUCGUACAGGCUGUACGACAUGUCUGCAGAGACAUACAAAGGUUUGCGGUGUCGCCUGGUACGUGUGUGCGUCUGCGCUUGGAGACGGACGCGCGAUAAUGUCGACGAAUAAUGUGACGAAGCCAACCCCAUUGCAAUAACUGCAUUCGGCUCGGCUUCUCCUGCCCUGGAUACACCCCAUUGUUACAGUUCGUCAAUGCCGCUGUUCCCACCAAGCGGCAGCGGCUUCGCCGGCGUGGAACACACCUCGAGACUUCGGCCGAUCCAGAUUCGCAACGCGGGCGACCAUCAACAGCGGAUGAUGCCUCUCCAAACCACAAAGUCAGCCUCGUCGGAAGCCCUGCACCAUCGCGCAACCACGGCCGCGUCAACCGUGGCAGAUCCGGGCGACGUCUGGGUCAAUGACAACUUCCCUAUCUCAACUUCCCGCCAUAUCUGGGACGAUCUGGGAGACUAUCGGACGUCCGGCUCACUGUGCCCUUUCACGAGCAGUCUACACGACGUGGUUGUCUUCCUUACCAUUCUGGUACUGCUUCAGAUGUAUGAGAUGAAGCACGGCACCUUUCUCGGCGGAAUCACGCAUUGCAAGCGAGUCGAGAAACUCAUAUCCGAGCAUCUAGAUCACUUGCGCGGCUGGGAGACGGCUCGUCGACUCUUGCGCGCUUGGGUUCCGCUAAAGUGCUGGUUCUCGUUCCAGUGCGCGCCGUGGAUUUCUCUUGCCUCCCCGUUUCCCCCAGGAGCCCGUCAAGACCUCUGGGACAUCCUUUGCUCGCCGUUGGAUCGGACGGGAGUCCUGGUACCUCUCCUCUGCGAGUCUCGGCGGCGGGGCACGCAAUUGCUUCUGUCCCGACUCCUCGGGCCUGACCGGACUCGCCCGGAAUACGCCAAACUCCUGGAGAAUCUCGACUCGUUCGCACAACGGGACCACCGGAGGGGGUAA